CUCCCAUGCAAGUUGAUAUAUGUGCACCUUCCAUUCGAUCAACAUUCGCGACUGGAAGUUCGAGCCGGACAGACAGCGCGUGAUGCGAUUUCGAAACUUCUGAAGAAAAGAAAUAUAACCCCUCAACUCUGUCAUGUUAACGUCUCUGAAGACCCGAGGAGUGAACAAAUCGACCUCAUGGAGGAUCUGGAGUCCAUUGCAUCGCGUUUGGAGAAAAAUGAGCUGUGGGUACAUAGCGAAUAUCUCGAUACGGUCAGCUCUAUCAAACACACAAUAGUAAGAAGAACGUUCAUUCCUCCUGUGAACUGUGAUGUGUGCAAGAAUCCCAUUUGGCUGGUGGGAUACCGAUGCGAGUUUUGUCAGUUCAAAUUCCAUCAGCGAUGUUCUUCAUUUGCUCCGCUCUAUUGCGAUUUGAUCCAGACAGUACCACGCGACGAAGCGCUAGCUCAACGCCUUCUCUUGAUAGCAUCACGAAUGGAGGGCCAGGACGCCGAAAUAGCUGAGAGCGUACUAAAUCAAUUACAACCCAACCCCAGCCCUGCUCACACUCCGGAAGGAAGUCAUGCCGACCUCACCUUAAAGAGGUGUGAAGAGGCAUCAGCCAUGAGUGCGCCGACGAAGAGAAGACCUGGUCCGUUUAGCUCAUAUCGCGAAGAUCGGUCCUCAUCUGCACCGAAUAUUAAUGCUAUCAAUGAUGAGGUUGUAUUAGAACACAAUCAGCGUAUUUUGGACGCACUGGAAAUGCAGCAACACGAUACAGUUUCAAGCGGGCAGCUUACAGCAAUCAAUGCUGCUCCAACAGGAGGAGGUUUGGGGGUGAGAAGGCCACCAAAUCGCCUUCAUCCACGUGCUGACACUUCUCCCUUUGGUUCAAAUUCACCUUCAAGUACUUGUUCAUCCCCACCUGCUAACCAACAACAUGCCGGACAGCUUUUACCACCUGCGCUUCCUCUCACUCCACCACAAAGUGCUCCACCUCAAAAGAUUGAUGAAAAGCAAAUCACCCUACAAUGUAAAGUUGGUUCUGGAUCAUUCGGUACGGUGUAUCGCGGAGAGUACUUUGGUCUCGUUGCUGUGAAGAAACUAAAUGUGGGCGAACCUACACUGCAGCAGCUUCAAGCUUUCAAGAAUGAGGUAGCUGUGCUGAAGAAAACGCGUCACUUGAAUGUGCUUCUUUUCAUGGGUUGGGUUCGUGAACCAUCACUCGCCAUUGUAACACAGUGGUGUGAAGGCAGUAGUUUAUAUAAACACAUCCAUGUUGUUGAACCUCGGGUGGAGUUUGAAAUGAGCACUAUUCUUGACAUUUUCAAACAAAUAACUCUAGGAAUGAAUUAUCUGCAUUCGAAAAAUAUAAUUCAUAGAGAUCUGAAAACCAACAAUAUUUUCCUUAUGGAUGACAUGAGUACUGUGAAAAUAGGAGAUUUUGGCCUUGCCACUGUGAAAACUCGCUGGAGUGGAGGGCAACAAAGCCAGCAGCCUACUGGCAGCAUUCUAUGGAUGGCGCCGGAGGUUAUUCGCAUGCAAGACUCCAAUCCAUACACUACUUUAUCUGAUGUAUAUUCUUUUGGAAUAGUCAUGUAUGAAGUUCUAUCAAGCUCUCUGCCGUAUACUAACAUAAAUAAUCGUGACCAAAUCCUUUUCAUGGUUGGUCGCGGCUAUCUCAGACCGGACGUUUCGAAAAUACGGUCGGACACUCCAAAGCCGUUGCUGGCCCUAUAUGAACGCUGUAUCAAGUACAACAGAAACGAGAGGCCAGAGUUCAGCGAGGUGCUCGACAAGCUACGUGGAGUCUCUCUUCCAAAGCUGACUCGAUCAACUUCAGCCCCCAAUCUUUAUAGAGGUGUUGUGGAGACAACAGAAUCAAUGGGAGGCUACAACUCAAGCACAUCUCGGACUACUCAUCACCUUUGGGGUCUGGAUUGUACAAGUUUUUCGCAGAAGAUCAUGUCGGCUGACGUGGACGAGGCAUCAGAUUUAUGUCUAGCCAUUCAACGGUUGAUACAAUCUCGCCAGUCAAAUGAUAGUGUUGAUAUUGACUACGUACAGCCGUUGGUGCAGCUGAUACAACGGUUAUUCGUUGUUGAUUUGGAACGUGCUAUUGAACAUGGAAUGGAUACUACUAUGGGCAGCUACGAUUUGUGUGCCCGUCUAUAUCGAUGUAGCCUUCGUGCAAAUCCUUCGCAUGGGGAUCCAUGGAAUCAACUAGGAGUACUCGCUACUUUGAAAGCCAAACCGCUUGAUUCUCUGUACUUCAAUAUACGUGCUUUUCAUUGUCCCGUGCCCUUCGCUCCAGCUGCAACAAAUAUCUCAACACUUUUCCGAAAAUACGUCUCUAAAGAUAUUCGUGAGGGAGACUGCUUUUCUGACCAAUAUCUUGCAAUUUUGGCCAAGUGUCAUUUUUUGUUGCCGGUUCCGGACAGUGCGGUUGAGCAUAUUGGUCCACAGCUAACAAAUCGAAAAUUGCUGGUGGCUCCACUUUCUUUGUUGCAGCCGUUAGGCAAUGCACAAGAUGAGCAACGCGCACGUCACACCCUCACACAGCUUUUAACGCUGGCCUUCAACAAAAUUACAGAGCUGCUAACGAGCGACGCUUACUUGCGGCCCGACCUGCUGCUCUGUAUUGUUCUUCUGCUACGAGUCCCGAGUGUCUGCAGACCUGAUGUUGCUCUGAUAACCGCUCUAUCGCGAUCCCAACAGGAUGUCAUUUUUGAUAACGAGAAGGUGGAAACUUUCAGGUGUUUCUGUGAAUCGGAUCCUUUUGAGUAUCCGGUCAGUUAUGGUCCAGAUUGCAGAUCACUUAUCAGAACUGAUGGGAGAUGG